AUGGACGACGAGGCCGGCUUCACCAAGUUUGUCAGCGGCGACACCGUCUACGCCCGCGCGCGCCUUCUCCACCGCGCGACGACCGGCCGCACGACCAAGCGCUUUGUCGCCAACUGGGACCUCGAAGACUACCUCGCGACCAUGCGCCGGACGCCGCCGCCGCCGGUGACCCGCCACGUGCGUGACGCCGCCCGCAACCUCUUGUCUCGCCUGGAGAAGAACCAGUUCUACGUACACGACGAGCGCGACAUCAACGAUCUCCUCGCGCUGGGCUUGCCCCGCGUCCGGUCGCUGGACGAGCUACCCGCCCAUGCCAUCGACGCCAUCUUGGCCCGCGAUGGCUCGCGCAGCGAUGCACUGCACAAAAUCGCUCUUCGACUGAGCGCCAAGCUGCGGCGGCUCCAGGACGAGCGUGACGGCCCACGACCGCGCGUGGUGGCGAUGGCGGCGGCCAAGGACACGACCGACUAUGCUGCAGCGUCGUCCACCGCGGCCAAGAAGUUUAUGCAGUACAUCCACAAAGCAGAAACGCAUGGGUGCGCGAGCUUUAGCGAGUACCUUCGCUGGGACCGGCGGCGGGACGACUAUGGCUGCGAGAAGCGCCAUUUGAAAUUCAACUGGGCAAGCGAGUACGACGACGACACGGCUGCGGCUGCCGACGCGAUGCAAGAGAUGCAUCUGGAUACUGCGCACGAGUCGUUUGACGCGCAAGAGAACGCGGUUGAGAACGGCCAGCGUGAUGACGACGACGACGAUUUUGAUUUUUGCGACGACCUUCUACUAGCGAUGGCAGCCCCCGACGCCCUUCAUAAUUACAACACGAAGAUCAUGUAUUAACAGGUCCCGUGCGGGGUGAG